CAGAAUUUUAUCCACGAAGUUCAAUCCUUUGACCCAAUAAUGGCACUUCCAGAAAGUUGGAAAGUAAUGCUCAAUCCCAAAAUGUAAUUCACAUUUGAAAUGAACAAUGUAAGCUAAUCUGAAGAAACUGUAAUAUUCAAUCAAAUCCAAACUUGCUUCCUUCAUUUCUUGCAAUGAAAAACCCUUUAAAAUCCCUUCUACUUUUCUUCCACAUUAUUAAUAAAUCGCCUAACAAUGCAAAGUUGGAUAAAAGCAGGGGAAAAGGAAGGUCUCCAGGGAAGCAAUGUUCAGCAUUCCCAGAGGGACUAUGCCGACAAUUCUCACUUGAGGAGAUUAAAGCUGCUAUCAGCAGCUUCCGUGAAGACUUUCUCCUUGGUCGUGGUGGUUUUGGAGAUCUAUACGAAGGAAUCAUUGAUGAUGGGACUAUGACAGUUAAUAUUGAGCGCUUUGGGCCAUUUGGACUGCGAGGAGGUCGUGAAUUCCGAACCGAUGUGCAGUUACUGUGUCAGCUACGACACCCGAAUCUUGUCUCUUUCAUCGGAUUCUGCGACGAAGAAGAUGAAAAGCUUCUGGUUUAUGAAUAUAUAAGCAAUGGUUCACUUGAUAAACAUCUUUAUGGUAAUCGUCCUAAUGAUCCACUCUCCCGGAAGCAGAGGCUAACGUUAUGCAGUGGUGCAGCCCGUGGGUUGCAUUACCUUCAUUCAGGAGCAAAGCAUUCGAUAAUCCAUCGUAACAUCAGUAGCCGAAACAUUCUAUUGGAUGACGAAUGGAAUCCUAAGCUUUCCGAUCUUAGCCUGUAAAAGAUGAGCCAAGCUGGUUCUCCUACUGGCUCUUUGAACAUCAAAAUACCAGGUACCGUCGUUCAUAUGGAUCCAGAGUGUUAUAUAACUGGCCGUAUAACCAGAAAAACUGAUGUUUACGCUUUUGGGAUUGUUUUGUUUGAGGUGUUAUGCGGAAGGAAGGCAAUUGAUCUAACAUUGGAAGGGAUUAAAAAAGGUUUUAACUUCUUGGGCUUGUAAAUGUAUCGAAAACGGGACUAUCUAUGACAUCAUUGAUCCUUAUUUGAAGAAGAAAAUAGCCCCUCAAUGUUUCAAGAAAUUUGUGGAGAUUGCCUAUUGUUGUGUUUGCCAGACUGGUAAGGGACGACCUGAGAUGGGGGAAGUAGAGAUGGCGGUAGAGACCGCAUUGGAGCUUCAGAAAAUAGCUGAUUCGGAGGAGAGCGUCGAUCAUCAAGGUGAAUACGAGUAUGAAGAACUGCUACCUUGUCUAUUUGUCAAGAACAAUAUUCCUGAUUAUGGUGGAAACGUAGUGGAACAGGAAUUUGAUAGCUGUUCUGAUGUACAUAGCACGAUUUCGGAUUCGUUUCUAGAUUCUGAAGUGAUACAACUAGCAACGAUAUUGAAUCAGGGAUAAACAAUGAGAAAUCUAUUACUGAAACUCUAAUUCUUUACUUGUUCAAUUAAAGGUGGGUGCCAUUUGUUCAUCCUUCAAUAAAGAUAUGUAUUCCACAAUCAGAAUUCUGCUCCGUCUAAUCAUUGCAAUGAAGCUGGCUGGUCCUACAUGGGAAAUUUGGCAGAAAACAAGCAAUUAGUGAUUACUAUAUAUGCUGUCCUAAGGCCUAAAUUGGUUUCAGAGCAGCUAUGGCGUUCAACUUUCAGAAUUAUAUAUGUUUAAAGUGAUGUCCUGGUAAAUCCUUUCUUAGAUGGGACUACUCUUAGCACUCUUAGGACAUUCCCCCCUUCUUUUUCUUAUUCUAUAUUUCCUUUCCCAGUUAAAUGAAAAUAAGGUCUCCUUGCUCUGUAAAUCUAAACACUGACAUUAAUUAGCUUCUUUGCUAUAAUCUGUUCAUUAAAUUGUGAGAUAUGGACGAUGAAUCGUGCAAAUUCAAAUAUAUGUGGAUAUUUUAUUUGUUUUUUUUUUUUAUGGAUUCAGAUUUAUAGAA